CACACGCAUAUCUCUUCACAUAGUUAUCUCCUCCCACGCUACCUGUCGUAAAACCACUUCAAAAGAAGGGGGGCUGUUUCUUUAGGUUGACCAGCGACCAUCUUAGAAGCACAGAGGAAGAUGCUAACCUUUUGGACAGCCGCCAUUUUGGGAGAACUCCGAUUUACAUAGACACACACACUCACAUACACAACUUUGUUUAGUUAGCAAGUUGUUAGCAAUUUGUGUUUUUAUACUAUAUUAUAUUCAUAAUAAAUGUUCAUUCAUUAAUGUUGCAGCAGAGAAUUAGCGCAGAAACAAAGAGAGCCACGUUUGAGUUUAACUUCCUGACGCAACGUGUUCAUGACCUCGUUUCAGAAGCAGUUUGUUGAUUUGACUGAACCAUCGCUGGCAUCAUCGUUUCCCACAGGCUGGAAAACUGUGUGAGUUCAUUAAACUGGGAAAAACAAAGUGAACUGGGUCACAUUUAAACUAUUGAUUUAGUUCAUGAGAUGUUUGAACUUAAACAAAACUGGGGGAGUGUUGUGCCAAUCUGCUCAGAUUGGUUGACAGUCAAGCGAUGACUCAGGCUCCAUUUACUACAAAACAGACUCACAUUCGCCUGUAUCUUUACCACAUCUUCAUUUUGUAGUGAAGCAGUGCUCCCUAAAAACUAUCAAAAUGGCUCUCUCACUCUUCACCGUCGGACAAUUAAUUUUCUUAUUUUGGACAAUAAGAAUCAAUGAAGCCAACCCCGACCCCGCAGCCAAAGCUGCCGCAGUCGCCGACCCUGCCGCAGCCGCUGUAGCCCCCGCCGCUGACGCCUUCUCAGCAGCCGCCGACACUGCCUCUGACGCCGCCGCCGCCGCAGCCGCCACCGCCGCUGCCGCCAAAGCCGCCGCCGAAAAAACCGCCCGAGACGCCGCUGCAGCAGCCGCAGCCACCGCCAGAGGUUAAGGAUCGUGGUCGUCUUGAUGUGGGAUCAUGUGAACAUCUGACCAGCGAGAUGUUACCAAUCUGCUGAAUAAACCUGAGAAGCUGUUUGUUGAAAA